AUGGCUUUUAAGCUUUCAGAACUUCUUAAUCCUGCGCCGGCCUCUGAUCCGUCGUCGCCAGCGCGCAAGGACAGUUCACCGUCGUCGCAGACGUCAGACACGCGAGCAGCGCUUUCUUCGAUGCAACCGCCUGCCUACAACAACGCCUACGCGCCUGCGACAACAAUCUACGAAGCCGCCAACGCCCUCACUGCGCUGGCGAACGGCGCGCCACUGUCAACCUCUUACCCACACAGUAACGGCCUCUCCUACGACCCGCAUCACGAUCGCCGUUCAUCGCCCACAUCAUAUUCAGACGCGCGCCGCAUGAGUGCGUAUGGGGUGCCAGCGACGCCCGUCGAACCUUCACCGCCGACCGACGGCACAAUGCGCUCGCCAACUCUAGACCAGUACCAUCACGGCUCCAAAUCGCCCGAAGAACAACGGCGACAGUCCAUGGCGUCAAGAUCUUCACCUCCACCACGACUUGCGCCCAUCCAGUCUCUCACCGGCGCACUGAACAACAUGAUCGACGAGCGACAGCACCAGAACUUCGGUCCUUACGGGCACGACGCCUCGCGCAUCCUCUCACCGCCGGCAAACUACACUGCGCAAAACGACAUCUCUCAAAUGGACUAUGUCGCGCAACAUCGGGAGCCCGACUACAUCCGCGACGAACCUACCAUAACCCAGAUCCGCCAGACGUCAACCGGGCCCGACAUCGACAUUCAUGCGGCAGCCAACGCCCAAGAUCCAAUCCCACGACCACCCGAGCCUUCACCGUCAUCUUGGAUCAAGGCCGAGACCACACACACCCCACCCGAGCCCAAACCCCACGACCCCGCCAUGCCGCGCGAGCGCACAAAGUCAGUCGCAGACCCCACACUCGAUCCCGAGACUCUCAAAGCCGUCGCGGAGCUGAAAAACGAGCACGGCCUGCGCGGCGCAAGUCGCGACAACUCCGCCACAUCUCCCCCCGCCACCGUCGCCGAGCCCGCCAAACCCACCGCGCCCUCGCGCAAACGUCCCGCGCCCAAAGCCUCCGCGGCCGCCACAAAAAAGGGCGUCGCGAAGAAGCCCGCGGCCAAAAAACGCAAGAUCUCGCCCGAGACCGCCGCCACCGCCGCACUCCAUCGCUCCGGCACGCCGGCCUCACAGACCUCCAAAAAGGCCGCCCCAAAGGCGCUCAAAGGCAGCCAAUCCGGCACCCCCGCCCUCGGCUCCUCCCCCGCGCCCCGCUCAACCACCGCGCCCUCUCCCGCACCCUCUUCGCACCCUUCCCACGCCGGCGCCUCCUCCGACGCCGACGCCGACGCCAUGGGCUCCGACAGCGAAGUCUUCUGCAUCUGCCGCAAGCCGGACGACCACACGUGGAUGAUCGCAUGCGACGGCGGGUGCGAGGACUGGUACCACGGGCGGUGCGUUAACAUGGACGAGGAGAACAGCAAGGUGAUUGAUAAGUAUAUCUGUCCUGGGUGCGAGAGCCGCGGCAAGGGCGUCACGACGUGGUUGCCUAUGUGUCGCAACACGGGGUGUAGAAGACCGGCGAGGUUGGCGAGGGGCAGGGAGAGCAAGUAUUGCAGUGAUGCUUGUGGGGUUGAGUUUAUGCGUGCGAAGGCCGGGAUGCAGAGCUUGGAUGGCGCUGCCGAUAUAAAGGGGCGGAAAGCCGCGCGACGGAAAGCGAAUCUGACGGACAACUUCCACAACGCGCCCACCACCGACGACGAAGAAGCGGUAGAAGACGCCAACGACCUCGUCCGCAUCGGCGGCGUCCUGCGCGGCCGCGAACUAAAAGCUCUAGCUACGACAGCGGCAGACGUGGCCGCGUUCCGCAAACUCGGCGACGGCGUCCUCAGCCCCCCUGCCACCGCCUCGCCAGAGAAGACCAGCUUCCCGGCUGACGCGCUCCAGCCCCUCCCAGCCGACCACUCCGCCUCCUCCCAGUCCUACACCCUGAACCCCGCGGAAACAGCCCGCAUCCAGCAAAUCAGCGCCCGCAAGGAGCAGCUCAAGGAGCGACGGCUCCUGCUCGCGGACCGCGACCGCUUCGUGGCACUCGUGCGGGACCAGGCGGCCAGAGAAGCGGAACGGGAAGGUGUAAAGGGUAAAGACUUCUGCGGCUACGACGCGCGUCUUGCGUGGAGCGAGGGCGAGCUGGAUCGCUGGCGCAGGAGUCGGGAGGGGAGGGUUGCGUUGGGCUUGGGGACUUUGGAGGGGGCUGUUGGCGCCAGCUCCGGCGGCCUUGAUGGCGAAGGAGGAGACGAGGAUGGGGAGGCGAAGGAGGGAGAUAAGAUGGACAUUGAUGGCCAUAGGGAGGGGGAUGUGGAUGACAGGGAAUACCCGCCCCCCUGCCCGCGUAAACGCUGCUCGAUUCACCAGAACUGGCCCAAGGCUCAGCAGCAUGACGUCAACUUUGAGAAAAUGGAGCUGGCGCAUGAGGUCAAGAGUUUGGAGAGGGAGGAGGAGGGGAUUAGGAUGAGGGCUGCGCUGCGGUGUCGGAAGGGUAGCAUCGGCGGCGAUGGUCUGGGUCUGGAAGCUGAGGCUGGGGACGAGGGCUGGGUUGAGGAGGUUGGAUAG